GCCUCUCCCCGGUGCGGGUGGUGCCAGAUCGAUCAAAACGAAAGCCAAAUCGAAAUCCCAAUUGCAUCUUCCGCCUCUCCGUUCGUAUGGCUGGCCGGCGUAGACGACACUGCGGCCGUCGGGCUAAGGUAGCGGCGAAGCCUGCCGAAGACUCGCCGCCCGACACGGACCCGACAUCCUCGUCCUCUUCCCCUUCCGAGCGCGCCGCCUGCCAGCACAAAUCCCCUCUCUGGGCUUGAACUGCACCAGGACGACGACAAUGGGUCUUGGACUCAAUCGGACAAGAGGGCCAUGAGGCGGAGGCUGCUGGACAUCAUCCACCGCUUCUACCUCGACGCCAUCUCGCGGCUGCCCCCCGCCGAGUUCAGGAGGACCACCGGCCUCGCGCGGGGCCUCCACGUCGGUGGCCACUGCUUCGGUCCACUCCACCCCGUCCACAACAUCGUCGUCAACUCCAUCUGGUACGCUGCCGCCUUCCCCGUUGCCGGCAGCGACGACGAAGAUGAGGCCAACGCACUGCUCAGCACCGACGGUAUCUGCCACCGCUCUCUCGACGGGCUCGUGGCCGCCCUCCGCGACCUGUGCCCAUCCAUCUCCAGCGGUGAUGCUCUGUGGCGGCUCUUCUCCGCUGGCGCUGACCUCACCGCUGCCGUCGCACUGGCAAACGGGGUCAGCAAAUCAAGCGCCCUGCGUGUCGUCGCGUCUCAGGGCCAUGCCGCUUUUCAUCUGGCCGCCCUGGUUGCGCGACACCCCGAUCCCACAGCCUUUGCUCACUUCGCAUCAUCAGCGUUACCUUCUAUCAAUGGGCAACACAACAUUGUUCAGCUCUUGAUCAUGAAACAUGUGCUCGCAUCUCGGCACAUCAACUACCUCUCCAAAGUGCUGGUGCCGUCAUCACCACAUGAACCUUCUGUGUCGCUUCUCAUGCUAAGCGCACCAGUCCUUGACUGCAUUGCAUCUCAGAAGCAGCAAUUUAAGGGCAUAGGAAAACAAGUGGUUAAUGUUGUCAACAUGGCACUGCAACAAUACACUCAACGGUCUGGUGAACAGCUGAAGCUUCAUUCUGUGUGUGGUGCUAGUCUGCUAAAGGAGGAGGGACUAGAGAACUGUUACCACAUCAAUUUCCUGGCGUACCACGAGGGCUCUGGUUCGGCAGUAGGUGCCACUGUGCUCUUCUUCACUGAGGCAAUUAUUCUUUCUUGUGAUGAGACUGAUAUCCGCCUAUGUGCGCCAGUUGAUCCGGUCACAGACAUUGGAGCAUUUGCUGUUGGUACAAAAGUUGAUAUUACCGGUCCUCUUUAGCUGAAAUCUCAAUUAGCCAAGGCUGCUGCUUUGCUUGCGAGAGCAACAGGAAGAAGGUUGUUCACCCCUUUUAUGAUGAAUACCUUGGUGGCCGUGAAUUUCAAGAGGAUGAAGUCGACUAUGACAAUGAUUUUCCAAGUCCCUUGGAUGCGGACUAUAUCUUUUUUUAUGCUGAUAGAGACGGGGGUUUUGCAAAUUACUUGUCGAGGGAGAGCACGGGUCAUUGAGGUUGGUUGUUAGGAGUGGUGUCGUGCUGUUAAUCUUUGAACCUGGAAGACAAACCAUAGGGACUGGUUGGGUGUCUGUGGCAGCAACUAAGCAAGUGCGAUUGUACACCUACUGGGUUGUUUUUCAAAAUAGCAUAGAAUACUGCAGCUACCGCGGUGUCUGUGGCAUCAUCAAUUUAAUCUCUCUGGUUAUCAUGACUAGGAUGAUUAUGCACUAUUUCUCCAAUCAUGUAUUGUAAACAAACUUGCUACAUUUCAGAGCAUGAGGUUAGUAGGGCCAUGGAAAUGUUCUCUUCUCUUCCUUGUGAUAUUCGAAAGAGACAUUAAUGGUACAUUCAGCUACUAUAUUGUGGCAAAACUGAA